GUGGUGCCAGCUGUCCAAAUAUCGUUUUUACCGUGCCAAUGAUUUUUACGACAAUUUACAGACUACCUUGCGAAUUCUAUUUAAUCCUGUAUUUAAAAAUUUAAUACAAACUUUAUACCAGUCUCAUAGAGUGAACUGAACAUAAGAAAAUGCUGCAUGUAUCAAUAUGAUAGUCUCCCGUUAGGUAGUAGAUAUAGAAUUGUAUCUGGUUGAUACAAAACACUUUUAGUUACGAGACGUGUGGCGAUUCGCUGGGAACAGUGGUGUUCGAUAGUUGUUAAUUACGAAGUUGAUUGAUUAUGAUACAGUUACGGCGGUAUCUAGUAAAUAUUUCGUCAAGGUACCAUGCAUCGAGUAACACGAGGGUAAUGUUGGUACAUGGCAAAAGUAGUGGGGAACACCCGACUGCUGGAAUAAUUGUCGUCGGAGAUGAAAUCUUGAAGGCACAAGUGAAAGACACUAAUUCUUUUUACGCAAGCAGUUUGCUGUACAAGCAUGGAAUCAGAGUUCAGAAAAUCGCGAUCAUCCAAGACAACGUUGAAGAUAUCGCGAAAGCAAUCAAAUAUUUUUCUGCGAACUUUAAUUACGUCUUUACUACCGGGGGUAUAGGGCCAACUCACGACGAUGUUACGUACGAAGCUGUGGCAUUGGGUUUCAACGAUACGCUACAUUACCAUCCAAGAUUGGUGGAUAUAAUAAAGAAUCAAUUCGGUUGUAACAGCUUUCCUUCCCCUGCGUAUAAAAUGGCAUAUAUUCCAAAGAAAUCUACCUUUAAAUUCGGAACGAACGAAGUUACAGGGGAAACGUUUCCUUAUCCGUGCGUAGUAGUGGAAAAUGUUUAUAUCUUCCCUGGGUCACCCAAAUUCUUUGAAUCUUCUUUUCAGUCUUUAUGCAAGGAAUUGUUUGCUGGAUACAAACGUUUUGCAACCACAGAAGUUUUUAUAAAUGCAGGGGAAGAUUCCUUUGCGCACAUCUUAAAUGACGUUGUACAGAACUAUCCCAAUGUUUCAUUCGGAUCGUAUCCAGAAUGUAACAGGUAUUACAAAGCGCGUGUCACCAUAGAGAGUGAGGACGAGAGGGACACCGAAGCAGCUAGAAAAAUGUUUUGCUCCCAGAUUUCCAGCGCAGUAUUAGUGCGUUACGAUCGAACCCCUCACAUUGAUUCUCUCAGCAAAUACGAGAAGUUGCUUGACACAUUAAAACGUCCAUCGAUUUACGAAAAGCCCUUCGAAAUAUUCCUAAAACAUUACCGAAAACCAGAAGACGUCUGGGUGUAUUUCGACGGCAGCGCAGAGUCGGUGAUUUCGGUGCACCUUGCUCGCGUCGCUGUCGAGAAACUCGGGCAUCCUUCGGAAACGAAACUGCACGGAAUCUAUUUGGAACAAUCGGAUGAUUCGAGAACGGAUAUGAACAGGUUUCUUCAGGAGAUUAGCCAGAGGUACAACGUGGAGUUGUGCAGUCUGGGAAGUAAUAAAAGGAUUACAAUUAGACCAGAACUACGAAUAUUGCUGCUCGGCAGGAGAUCGAAUGAUAACAAGAAAGAAGUCUACGAGCGUGUUGCACAGUUGAGUGCCGACUCCUUUCCUAGCGUACAAAUACAUUUUCCUCUUAUGGACUGGACGGACGAAGAUGUUACGACUUUCGUCAGCUCUCUCUCUCUACCUUAUUACACAACGGAUCAACCUCGAUCUUAUCGAUGAGACAGUUCCCUUCUGCACACGAGCAUAAUCUGUUUCCGUAGAUGAAAGGCAUCUCGCGGGGGACGCGGAGAAGAGUGAGAAGACAGUAGUAUAUGAUCAUAAUUUAAGUGAAACUCUAUAGUAAUUAUAUUUUGUAAAAUAGUUGGAAGAUGUCGUAUAUAUUUAUAUCUCAUAUAAACACUGUGGUAUUAGGCAGCUUAAACGCCUCUUUCCCAAGGAAAUGUUUCGAUACUCGAAUCGAUUUUCCAAGUAUUCUCUUGUAAGGAUCGACGAAUUAAAUAUUAAUGA